GUACUCAAAAACACGGCGACUGGCCGGUGUUUUCUUUCGCACACUUUUCCGAUAUAUACCUUGCACAGUGACGCGCGAUUUUCGUGUGGAAAACAUGGCGGAAACCAUCGAGGAGAGUUACGAGACCGAGGUCAGGCGGAAAAUCGUCAGGACGAAGCUCAACAUCGAGGAAACGUCCACAAAAACUACAACCACCACAAUGACGACUCCUGCCAAAUUAUACGGAAAAGAUUUGAGUGUCUACGAUGAUAUAGACGUUGAUGAACUACUCAAUAAGCUAACUGCAGAGGAAAUCAGUGUACUAGCCAAAGAAGUAGAUCCAGACGAUUCAUUUUUACCUCCUUCUCAAAGGAACAGUUAUGAAUGUGAAAAAGACCCUACUGGGCCUCUAAAUAGGAAAAAGCUGAUAGAGCAUAUAAACAAGGAGGCUAUAGAGACUCCUGAUAUACCUGAGGUGAAACCUUAUGUGGCAGGAACUGUAAGGGGGAAAAAGUGGAUUCCUCCUCCACCACCUGUUAGAGAACAAGAAGCUGAUGAACAGAUUGCCAUAGAUUUGGGUGAUGAAUAUGAACAGGCAUUGGGUACAGCAUCACAAGAUGAAAUUAUUGAUUUGGCAGCUAUUUUGGGUUUCCAUUCCAUGAUGAACCAAGACCAAUACCAUGCCUCAUUAUUGAACAAAGGCCAGCCAGUAGGUCUAGGUUGGGAUGGAAUCACGAAAGCCUCCAAACAGAAAAUCUUCCCCAUGGAUCCACCCAAUUCCACGGAUCCUGAUGAGACGAUAAAAAAGGUCCAAGAGGAUGAAAGCAAAUUCAUUGAUUUGAACUGGAACAACAUCAAGAAAUUCGACACCCUGUUCGACGCCUUGCGCCACAACACGCACCUCGAGACUCUCUCGUUGUCGAAUUGCGGUCUCACGGACCGACACGUGGAGCAGCUGGCGCAGGCCAUCGAAAGCAACGAAACGUUGCGGGUGGUCAACGUCGAGACGAAUUUCAUAUCGCCGUUGGGGGUGCGAUCUCAAGUGUUGGGCAACAAGAUCGAGAUGGAGUUAACGCAGCUGAUCGAAAAGAACCCGACGAUACUCAGGCUGGGUCUGCAUUUAGAGUACAACGACGCUCGACACAGAAUCGCCACACACCUACAAAGAAACAUCGACACAAAUCGUCGUAUGGUUAAAGCAAAUUAUCAAAUAACGUUAGGUCCUGCAGGGGGCGCUAUCCAAAUUAUUAGGACAGAUUAAACGUCACAGAAAAAGCUAACGUCGACUGUCUCGGUUGGGUGCUACCAGUUCGUAGUUUCGUGAUUUUUGACACGGAAACUUCGCAUGGGCAAACUGCCCAAAAACUAUCUCGUAGGUUAUAUCGCUUGAGCUGAGCUGAAGAGGAGUGACUUUUCCACACCUGAUCGAGGAGCCUGUCUGCGUCGAACUUUACUUUUCCCCCCAAAAAAGGGAAAACUUGUUUUUAUGUUGCAUAGGUUUUUUUCGGUUACGUGUAUGAUUAGUGACUUGAACAAUAUGUGUCGUUUUCUAUUUUAGAUAUUGGUUUACCUCUCAGGAAAGCAUGUGCUCAACAAUUAUUAUGCAUUAUUUUGGGAAGGAAGUAAUUUACUGAAUAUUUUUUCGAGAUGCUCAAGUGAAAUUUUACCAAUGCCUAUCAUUCAAAUUUUUACUGUUCUAGUUGUCAUUCAUGUCGUUUGUCACUGCCUAAAAUACUGUAGUAAAACAAUAUUUUCAUUUUCCUGGAAUUGAAUGCAAAAUGGUGUGAUAAACUGUUGAUUAGAGGUGAACUGAAAUUGAAAAUAGUGUAGGAAAACCAAUGGUCACUGGAGUUUUUUUUAACGAAAAUAUUGAGAACUUGACGACGAAGGUAUUUAUUAAAAUAUUUUGGAAAUAUGGAGCAUAUUAUUUUCAUACAUGUCAGUGACCACUUGUAGACCCUGUACAUUAUUAAUUAUUUGAUAUAUUAAUAUAUUAUAUUAUUUUAUUGAUGUUUUAGCCAAUUAUGAUGAUUGAUUUUUCUGUAAAUAUUGUUUGCAAUGUAAUUAUUAAAUAAUGUCAUCAGCUUUACGCUAAAUUGUAAUACGCCUAUACUGUAAUCAAUAUGUCGAGAUUUUCAAAGAAUAACGGAUACAAAAUUUGACAAAUAUUGUAAUCAUCAUAUAAUAUGUAAUUAAGUGCUUUCCAUGGAAAUACUGUACGGCUAAUCGCCCAUUUAAAUGGUACACUGGUGCACUAUAGGUUAUUGAAUAGUUUUGCCCUCAUGUUAUUUAUUGAUUUUAUCAUGACUUGAAGUUUUACUUAUCUAUUUUUGUUGGUUUUUGUCUUGUAAAUAUUUUUUUGUCUGAUCAUUUUAACUACUUGAAAUUAUUGAUUUCAUCACAAAAUAGGCCAGAAAAAACAAGAAUUAUGCAAUAGAUUUUCAUCACGUGUAUGAGUAACUGUUUGUUCAUUUUAUCAUGUCACAAUAAGAAAUAUGCAAUUUUCACAAAAAAUAAAUAUUUC